AUGGCAAAUUCUGUAAACAUAUCAAUAGAAGCACCCAUAGAAAAUCAAAUACAAGAAAUUACUUACGAUGGCCAAGAAAUUUAUCAAGCUCCUCUUUCUAUGUCUGAAAACCUGGCAAGAUUAGCACAGAAAAUAGAUUUUUCUAAAACUGAUGACGAAUUCUGCAACAUAAAGAAAGAAGGUGAGAAUGGUUCUGAAGUUAAGUCGGAGGAAGACAAAGAACCUGGCUAUCAGUCCAGUCUAUGGCCUUGGGAUUCUGUUAGAAAUAAAUUGAGGAACGCUCUCACUGAAGUUUCUGUGCUCGCUGAUGUGUUGAGCAUUGCUAAGGAAAAGAGAUAUAUGGUACUAGAUCCAAUUCAGGCCGACCCAAUUGAAAGCCGUCCGAUGGUUCAAGUGUAUGGUCGUAAGAAAGCGUUAUCCGCUGCCGGGGCUGUGCUGCUCAAUGGUGUGGAGAGACUGAGAGCCAGUGAGACUAUGAGGAUGACUCGCAACAUGCCAGACUUCCACAUAGACUUACUGAGACUCAGACAGAACUGGAGACUCAAGAAGGUGUCCAACACUAUCGUCGGAGACUUGAGUUAUAGGACCGCUGGCUCUAAGUUCAGUCAAACCGGUGUUUUUGAGGUGACUAAGGCUCCCGAGGAACAGAUUGCAGCCGCUAUGAACGCCCCGGGGGCUGCGCCCUCCGCACUUCGUGUCACCGUGCCGCCUGAACUACAAGGAGUAGCCUUCAUAUCCGUCCGAUGCCAAAAAGAGCAAGAGGACGUGGUAACAGCUACCCUCAAUUCAUCUGCGCUGAACUGUCCCGGCUCGCUGCCCGGGGACGGCGCCGAGCUGCAUUGGCAGCAGAAGCUUGAAGCAGCUCAAAACGUGCUGUACUGUAAGGAGCUGUUCGCCAGACUAGCAGCAGAAGCGGUACAGCUUGACGCGAGCAUACCACAUAUAGUGGUUGGCAAUAGGAUCAUGUUGACCAUCCUGCCCAGCAUACAAUUGAUGAUCGGUCUGUGUCACAACAACGGCCAAAAUAAUAACAACACGGAAGGCACCAAGUCCCAGGGGUCGUACGUGAAGGCGGAGCACGACCACGUGUUGGAGCACUCUCUACAUCAGCUGUUGAGGGCGGUCCAUCACUCCAAUACGCACCAUCCCUUCCCACACCCGGCCACCGGGCCUCUGGGACCAUCUAAGAGGAGGUCAUUGGCCGGUCCUAUGGGCGCGGACCGCUAUGAACUGAUGGAGAUGUCCCGCGAACAGUCACUGUUGGAACAGAUCGUACAACAGGCGCAGCACUUCUUUAUGAGGAGACGAGGGGAAUACGUAUUGGAUACUAUCGCUAAGGAGGUGAAGGAUCCUCUCAUUGUGUCACACUGGAACGCCCUAAACAGUCCUACACACUCAUGCGUUAAAAUUAAUAUUAUGGCUUAUGGGUAUGACGCAGUAUGUCGAACAUCCCUUGUGGUUCAUGUUGGAGAAAAAACAUUAAAAUGCAUCUGUAGGGACGGUAAAGUAAGGAAUCUCUCGUACGAACUGCAAGAAUUAAGGGAUCUCAUUUUCUGUCAGAUCUAUCAGCAUCAGAUGACAGGCGUGCAGGCGGUCGGUCGUUGUAUGGGCUGGCAGCUGCUGGCCAGCUCCUCACACUUGGGAGCCGGACCUGUUGAACCACUCGCUAAUGCAUCGUCAUGCUUACUAGCAUCUCCCAAUGGUGAUAGAAUGAUCGCUAUUAGGUGUGAACCAUCGGUCGGAAUCCAAGUGUUUAUAGCACAAUCGCCAAAAAAAGACUUCUUUGUUAGUGAAUUAGUUCAAGACAAGAAAUGGGAAAACCUCGGCGGUGCCUUCAAGGAAGUUAAAUUAGAGAAGAUGGAAGGCAAAAACUUCCUAAACAAAAUGGAAUUACUAAUGGCCUGCUUGAGCAGCCCUUCAUAG